AUGUCUCUCUUCGUGACAUCAAAUGGUGAUAUUUAUAUCGAUGAUGGUCAAAAGAAUGGUCGAGUACAGAAAUGGAUAGCAGAAACAAAAACCUUUGUUACAGUGAUGAAUGUCAACUCAUCAUGUGAUGGUUUGUUUGUUGAUAUGAAUGAUACUCUUUACUGUUCAAUGCCUGGUCAUCAUCUAGUACUGAAAAGAUCAUUACAUGAUUCUGUGAUGAUUUCAAAUGUUGUUGCCGCUGGAACAGGUAUUGAAGGAUCAGCUUUGAAUCAACUCUCACAUCCUUUUGGAAUCUUUGUUGAUGUAAAUUUGGAUUUAUAUGUAGCAGAUUGUAUGAAUGAUCGAGUUCAAUUGUUUCAGUCAGGAGAAUUAAACGGCAUCACAGUAGCUGGAAAUACAUCACGAAAUCCAACAAUUGUACUUAGCUGUCCAAGUGGAAUUAUAUUAGAUGCUGAGAAAUACUUAUUCAUUGUCGAUCAAUUCAAUGGUCGUAUUGUUGGUUCAGACGUAAAUGGUUUUCGAUGUUUAGUUGGAUGUCAUGGACAAGGAUCACGAUCUAAUCAAUUAUUAAAUCCAUUUAGUUUUAGUUUCGAUAGUUAUGGAAACAUGUUUGUUACUGAUCAAUAUAAUCAUCGAAUUCAAAAAUUUUUAUUGAUGAAAGAUUCUUCUGCUCUUCCAUUCAAUCAACCACAGUUUUGUUCAACAGCCACUUGGAAUCUAACUGGAAUUACCAUUGCUAAUCAAUCGAUUGUUGGUCUAUUUCCUCGCGACAUUUUUGUGAGCAAAAACAAUACAAUCUAUGUUGCUAAUCAACAAAAUAAUACAAUUAUAAUGUGGGAAGAAGAGAGUGCCAAUCCAACAAAGAUCAUUGAAGGUAAUUUUACAAUACCUAUGUCUCUCUUCGUGACAUCAAAUGGUGAUAUUUAUAUCGAUGAUGGUCAAAAGAAUGGUCGAGUACAGAAAUGGAUAGCAGAAACAAAUACCUUUGUUACAGUGAUGAAUGUCAGCUCAUUAUGUUCUGAUUUGUUUGUCGAUGUCGAUGAUACUCUUUAUUGUUCAAUGUCUCAGCAUCAUCAAGUACUGAAAAGAUCAUUGAAUGAUUCUGACAUAGCUUCAAAUUUUGUUGCUGCUGGAACAGUUAAUUCUGGAUCAGCCUCAAAUCAACUUUAUUAUCCUCGUGGAAUUUUCGUCGAUGUGAAUCUGGAUUUAUAUGUGGCAGAUUGUUACAAUGAUCGUGUUCAACUGUUCCAGUCGGGAGAAUCAAAUGGCAUUACAAUAGCUGGAAGUACAUCACGAAAUCCAACAAUUACACUUAGUUUUCCAAGUGGAAUUAUAUUAGAUGCUGACAAAUAUUUAUUCAUUGUGGAUAGUUUCAAUAAUCGUAUUGUUGGUUCCGACUUGAAUGGUUUUCGAUGUUUAGUUGGAUGUGAUGGAGGGGGUACACAAUCCAAUCAAUUGUAUAAUCCAUUUAGUUUUAGUUUCGAUCUUUCUGGAAAUAUAUAUGUUGCUGAUUCAUUAAACAAUCGUAUUCAAAAAUUUUUUUUCCUAAACAGUUCUUGUGAUAUUUCAUCUACAUCUACAUCAACAACAACAACUGUUUUAUCUACAUCUAUAUCUACAUCAACAACAACUACAUUCAGUGAGUAA